GGUGGUGUUAGGGGGUGUAAGUGGGUGAUGACCGGGGCUUUGUGGGUAAUAUGUGGGCUCAGGCGGAGGGCAGUGGGCAGGGCGGUGUGUGUAUGUGCUGGUGGCAGGUGCCGCAGUGUUAGUCCGUCCACACGAGGCUACGCACCACGCCGCCGCCGCCUCCCACCUCUCACUCCAGCCAUGAACGGUAUCCACGCCAUCAUUACUGCCAACGGCAAAGUCCGCAGCAGACUACCAUCUUGGCAAGAGAGUCGUGAAAUAUGGAGGCUGGCGGAUGCUGUGUGCUUUGAUGUGGACUCCACAGUCAUUGUGGAUGAAGGACUCGACCAGCUGGCCAGUUUCUGUGGCAAAGCUGAAGAGGUUAAAAAAUUAACAAUAAGAGCUAUGCAAGGAGGUAUGGAGUUUAGGACAGCUUUAAGGACCAGACUUGAUCUCCUGCAGCCAAGAUUGGACACGAUACAAAAAUUUACGAGAGCCCACCCACCUAUACUCACUAGGGAUAUUGACCGACUGGUUGCUGCCUUACAAGCACGUGAUGUGGAUGUCUAUUUGGUAUCUGGAGGAUUCGUAUCUCUUAUUGCACCUGUAGCCAAGAUGCUCAACAUUCCAUUGGAAAAUAUCUUUGCCAAUCGACUUAAAUUCUUUUUUGAUGGUGAAUAUGGUGGAUUUGAUGAAGCACAACCAACAAGCAAGUCAGGUGGUAAAGCAGAAGUCAUCGCCUACCUAAAGAAGAGGGAAGGUUAUUCAAACAUCGUUAUGAUUGGUGAUGGAGCAACCGACAUGGAGGCUUGCCCACCCGCUGAUGCUUUUAUAGGAUUUGGGGGGAAUAUUGUACGAGAAGCUGUAAGAAACACAGCAACCUGGUUUGUCUAUGAUUUUGCUAGCCUUAUAGAUGAAUUAGAAAGUGAAGAUGAGUAAUUACAGUAUUUCAUAAGUAAGAGUAACAAAGGUAUUAUAUUUUUGUGCAAUUUUUAUAAAAUAGUUGAUUUAGUCUCAUGAAGCAGAAUGGUGAAUAUUUGUUGAAAUAUAUGAUAGAGUUUUGAACUGCCUUCAUUGAACUUUAAUCAUUUUAAGUCUGUGUGAGAAUACAGAAAAUAAUGUUUGUAAUGUAACAACAGGAAAAUACUCGAUACUGUGUACAUUCAGUGCAAUUAUUUUUUUUUUUUACUAUACACUUGUGUAAGGAGCAGCCAAAUAUGAUGAUUCAGAAUUUUUUUAACAUCAGGAUAACGAUAUUCAUUAAAUAUUGGUUUAUUGAUGUAAAAAAAUAUUACUAUGCAUUUCAGUAUUUAUAUUUUAUAUGCAUUUACAAUCUUAGUAGUUAUUGCCACAAGUAAAGCUUAUAUUUGUGUUUGCCACAAGAUUCAGGGACAAUUGCCUCAUUUUGAGAUUUUAGAUGCAAGAGGAGGGCUAGUAUGACCUCUUUACUAUAGUAUAGAUAGGACCUCUCCAUUAUAGUAUGGAUAGCAUGACCUCUUUGCAAAAGUGGGAAGAGUGAUGUUACAAAUGUGAAAAUGAACAUGAAAUGUUCCAUUACAUAUAGUUUUUACCAUAGAUUUUGAGCCAUGUAUUUGGCUAGUUGUGCUUGUAGGCGUUGAUCUUCAGCUCUUUUGUAUAUGUAAUUACCUAAGUGUAGUUACAAGAUAAGAGCUACUCUCACGGUGAGUAGCUACUCAUGGUGUCUUCCUGAUACUUAUCACAUGACGCUUUGAAACUACUGAGGGUUUUAGUAUCUACCACCUUCUUGCUUAAUUUGCUCCAAUUGUCUACCACUUUGUUUACAAAAGAGAAGUUUCUAAUGCUUUUUCAGCAUGUUUGUUUCCUUAGUGACAGGUAGAGUUGUGGUUUCACCUUCUGUUGGUCAAAGUUGGUCCAGUGGUGGCUCUUUGCCACUACCUGCAGGCUACCUGUUCUGUUUUGGUGGAUGCUUUGUUAGUUGACCCUGUUUCCUUGGUCCCCUGUUCCAAGCUAGCAUUUCCCAGGUCGCCUACAGUGUCAUUGUCUAGCCAGCCUGCGGUCUACCCUUGGGCCCACGAUGUUCUUAAGUAUGCUGCCUAAGCAGCUGCUUUUCCAACAAGUCCUGGGCUGAUAUUUGGCAUUGUAAUGGGGUGCUGGCCGCCGCUGAUAUUUCAUUAAUAUUCCUAGUCCCAAUCGGUCAGGUGUUGUUUUGGGCUGUCUCCCAUCCUGAAUUUUCUCCAUCUUGGUAUCUGCCACCUCUCCUCCUCUCUGGAAAGCCCCAUGUUUUUGUUCUUGAUGGUUAAUUAGCUUCAGGCAACCACUUGGGGGAAGGGGGGAGUGGGAAGGGGGGGGGGGGGAGGCGCUUGCAGAAACCCAACAUUUGACUGUAAUGAAAUCUCUGUUAAAUUCCCGGUGGCUCCCCAAUUCCUUCCCUCCCUCCCUGGUUCAUCAGUUCAUCAAUGAGUUGUUCUCCAGCUCCAAAAUUGACCUGGGAUGCCAGCUGGGGGCUGGGCCACCUGGUGGUGGCUAUCAGUACUGAGUUUAGCUAGUUUUGAGUGAAACUCUUGACCUGUGCAAACUGUUUAAGAGUUACAGUACAGUAUUUGGAAGUUUCGAGGCUUUGUUUUUUGCGAACCCUCCAGUUGUCUGUAAAGCUUCAUUGAUUUUCUGGAUUCUUUUCCCAGUGGGGUGGGAGAUUGUCACUCUCUACACCUGUUUGGGACUAGGUUCUGGCUCUGAUUCCCAGUAGGCCAAACAAACCCUUUGACUGAUGUAACCCAUUAAUGUGAAGCAAUAUUGGCCAGAUAGCUUCAGAGAGCCAGUGGGACUUUUUUACUGGUAGUUUCAUUACAUUCAAUGCUGGGCUGUCCUGAUUUUGUUUUUUUCAAGCUAGAUUAGAGGACAGGUUGGAACCAAGGAUGCAGUAGGCAUUUUUACUGUGGAUUGUCAUGAAGUGGUGGAAUAGGAAGCUCUUGGAUUUCGUUGCUUCAUUGAGUAACUCUUUGAGAGUUGUCACUUUUGUUCCUUGCCUGAUGUUAUCCUACUGGGACAAAACUACAGUAAUUAUUUACAUUCUUUGCUUCCCUUUGGUUGAUGAUGCCACAUGGUUUAUCAAUACAGAGAGAUAUAGAUGUUGGGUAUGUGCAAUACCACACUAUCUGCCAUUCUUCCAGUUAUAAGGUAAUUCUAUCUGGUCAGCAAGGAGCACUACCAGAAUUGUUACCCAAGAAGUCCAAGGUUGCCUCUGGGCACUAGGAUGCAAACAAGACUACUCUUGAUGUUGACACUGGAACUGGGUGCAAUUAGGUGGGGGGGGGGGAUCAUGUAUACAUGUAGUCAUGUUAGGGUGCACUAAAUAGUUUCCGAAUUUCAUAUUUCACAUUA